AUGACAACGCGAAUCGAGAAUGUCCUCGCUGCUAGAGACGCUUCCCUUAGAGAUGAGAAUGACUGGGAAGAGUUCGCCCUAACCGACGUCAAGGUUCUUGUUCCAGGCAAGACACGAUAUGCAAACGUCUUGUUUGCUUCGGUAGACAAUCCUGUUCGUGUCACAGGUCAAUUGGAAAUUGUAGAGGAAGAGCAGGAAGAGCUUGUCCUCGAUGACUCCUACCGAAACAAACGAGUCCUCAUUGAUAAUGUCACCCAUUAUGCCUACGGUCAGCACGACGAUGGCGAGAUCGGCUUGUGGGUUGCGGGCGUGGCAGGUUGGUUUUCUAUCUCGCCAGCCAGAGGAUAUAAACCGAUGUUCAACGAAAUGGUCGAAGCCAUUGAUCUUCUAUAUUUUCUCGCGGAUAAGCACCAGAAGAGCCGGAAGCGGGGUAAAAAAUGGAACCCAAAAGUAGACUAUCUUUUUGAUGAGUAUACCAAGCAUACCAAUGGGACCUGCGAGGACGCGGAGGACUCAGCGGAGGUGUUCUACAAACACCACGAGUUCCUCAUUAACCAGAUGGUACGGGGUAAGGAGAAUGUGGAUUGGGCUUCGACUCCCAUUUAUGCUCACCUACGUGAACUGUAUCUGGAUGUAUUCGAGCGGGCUGAGGCAGCUGCUGACGAGGCCCAAGAGAAGAGUGAAUCAGACGAAGAAUCAGAUGUGUCACCCGAUGCCUCGGCCGUGGGAAAGGCCCAAGCUGAUACAAUUUUCGAGGUUGUUUUGGAUAUGAAAGAAUCGGGCCUUCUCUCUAAACGUCGGCUUAAUGUGACAACUGUUGCUGAAACGCUUCUAAAACGAUAUGAAAUGAGUUCUCUGACAUAUGCUCUGGAUUUGAUCCGUGCAAGAGCUGGAUUUCUCAUUGAGAUGAUGGAAGACGCACAAACGGCGACUUUUGACUGGUCUCAAAAAGCCAUAUAUCGACAACUAAAGGAUCUAGAAAAUUCUGGAAGCUUGCAGGGUAUCAGUGACACACCGCUACACCCUAGGCCACGAAGGUUGAACAGCUCCUCGUCUCCAUCUGCCGAAGAAAGCGAAGAUAAUGAAGAAAUUCAUGUUCCGAAAGGACGAAGGCGAAGGGUACGAAAAUCCCUGCUUCGCCCAAAAAUGAGUUCAGUUUCAGCGAAAGGGGCGGGGAAACGGAAUCGGCAAGCAAAGAUUGGAAAUACAGAUUCAGAGGAGGAAAUAGAGGAACUUUCGUCACCAAAUAAUACACCCUCGAAGAUCCGCGGACACCGCUUGGUUCAUGAUCCAUUGUCUGCGAAAGUAAAUGAGAGCACACGCUCGAUAGUUUCAGGAUCGGAUGUGGCUUCACUGAGGAAAACACCGAUGCAGGACAUCUUUGAGAGGUUGAUGACACCAAAUGCAAUCAUCAACAACAGCGAAAACGUAAAUCAGACAACAGAACCCCCUGACCACGUUGAAUUACCUGCGGAUACUUGGAUUUGUUCCAUCCAAGGAUGCGGAAAAACCAUAUACAAAGCUAGUUCGAAACGCUCGAAAGAAGCCAUUCUCGACCACUCACUCGUCCAUGCUGAGGACACCCAAACCAAGCUAAACCUUGUAUUCGCGGAACAACGCCAUAAUAUCAACGUCUCUGUAAGCCAUCUUGUCAGUCGCAUUCGGGAUUUUGGUGCUCACCAGGAAUCAGUGGGGACAUCUGAUAAGCCGGAGUUCCGCGGGCCAACUUCUCCAAAAAAAAUUAAGCUAUGAAACCGCAGUAGUACAGUUAUCUGCUGGACGAAAACAUAUACCCAUUAUCUCG